AUGAACCUUUUCCGGUUCUGCUCCGGUCUGAAAGUCCUCGGCUAUUUUAUGAUCCUUCUCGUAUUUGCCGUCGUGGGCGUAUCUUACUACGCUGUCGUCGUUAGCACAUGGUGGCCGAUUUUAAUAGAAGGCGGCCACGGAGCUCUCUCAGUCCUCGCCGCCUUAAUCAUCUUCGUUUUCCAUUUCCUGCUGAUAAUGCUGCUGUGGAGCUACUUCAUUACAGUGUUUACGGAUCCAGGCUCAGUUCCUGAGCAAUUCAGAAGAGAGCUUGGGGAUGAGAAUUUGGAGGCUGGUACUUCGACGGAACGAGGAGCUUUUGGCUCUUUAGGUUACUGUCCUAGAUGCCGGAAUGUUAAGCCGCCUCGUUGCCACCAUUGCUCUGUGUGUCAAAGAUGUGUUCUGAAGAUGGAUCAUCAUUGUGUUUGGAUUGUAAACUGUGUUGGAGCGCGUAAUUACAAGUUUUUCCUUCUCUUUCUGUUGUAUACUUUUCUUGAGACAAUGUUGGACGUGAUAGUGUUGCUUCCUAGUUUCAUAAAAUUCUUCAGCGAAGCUAUGAAGCAUUCUGCUUCUCCGGGUAACCUGGCCUCCCUCGUUCUGGCAUUUGUUCUUAACGUAGCAUUCGUUCUCAGCCUUCUCUGUUUCGUAGUCAUGCAUAUCUCUCUUCUCUCAACCAACACUACUUCAGUCGAGGUUCAUGAGAAAACUGGAGAAGGCAGAUGGAAAUAUGACUUAGGAAAGAAGAAAAACUUCGAGCAGGUUUUUGGGAAGAAGAAAGCGUUUUGGCUCCUCCCAUUGUACUCGAAAGAAGAUCUCGAUAACAUGACUUCACUUCAAGGCCUUGAAUUUCCAACUCGUUCUGACAUCGACCCUUGA